CACAGGGUGGAGCAGUUCAUACCGCCUAACUACUUCCUGCAGUGCAGCACAGACAGAGCACGCCCAUUUUCUCAGUGUGAACAUUAUGCUCUGCCAGCGAAGAAUUUCCCAGCAGUUACAGCAGCAGAGAGCAAAGUCAGAGCACAGUCACAGCAGCAGACGGACUUCACCUCCUCCCUCAUGGAGAAGUUUGUGCUCCUGUUGGUCCUUCUGUCUCCAGCAGCUUCUGAUGUGGUACAAGUGAAACCUGGAGAUGAUGUUGUUCUGCCAUGUCAGGCUGGUGAAGCCUCCAUCAGAGCUGCAGAGUGGAGCAGACCAGACCUGGAGUCAGAGUACGUUGUCUUUCACAGAGAUGGAGGCUCAGUUUCAGAACUGCAGCAUUCAUCAUUUAAGGACCGGGUGCAGCUGGUGGACAGAGAGAUGAAGGACGGAGACGUGUCUUUAAUUCUGAAGAAUGUGAGCAGCAACGACGCUGGAACAUACGAGUGUCGAGUUGCAGCAGGAGGUUCAAGACGUAAGAGAGCCACCAUCAAGACUGAGCCAAUCAGAAUCUACCAGCUGGAUGUUUCAGGUGAGUUUGUGGAGGUCAGUGUGUCUGUGUGCCAUGUUGUAGCUGCAGUUUAUUCCAUGUUGAUUCUGAGA